AUGAUUCUACAUUUCCCUGCUUCCACAACAUUACCAGAAGAUUAUGUCUUUCAAUAUUGCAGUGAUUCAUUUUUUUCACAUAUUCCAACAAUUGUUGAAAACAACAACUGGCUUGAAUUUGCCUACCCUAUUCCCUUGACACAACAUCAAAAGCUUUACAUUCGUUCCAGCUACAAAGUCAUUGCUAAGAAUGCUUUAUUAAAGGCUAACCCAAAUCAUUGCAAGUAUUCCAUUAUCAGCGGAACCCCUGGAAUUGGAAAAUUUAUGUUUCUCUUUUAUAUCCUUUGGCAAUUGGUGAAGGAAGGAAAGUAUGUGUUAUUUGUUACCAGAGAACCUGCUAUAUACUUUGAUGGAAAUUCAACAUUUGAAUAUCCUCAAUAUCCUUUGUCUUCAGAUCAUCAAUUCUGGACAUUUGACUUAUGGUGCCUUGUUGAUUCAAAAGAUCCAACUAACAUUCCUGGAUUUCCUGUUGACGCCUGUUCUGUCAUUUUGUCAACUACCCCUCGAAGUGGUGUUCCUCGUCUUGUGCUGGAACAAACUGAACAAGAUCCAACAUCAAUUCUGAUUUCAGCUUGUAAACAAUGUGAACUGGAGGACUGUAUCAAGUUGGUUUCAAUUCAUUCUGAAAUCACACCCAAAGCAAAGAUUAUUCAAACACUUGUUCAUCUUAAGUCAAGCCCACCUUAUAAAGAUGCCACAGUGAUAUAUGCCUCAGAAACUGCAAUGAAGACUAUUGCUCAUACUAAAUGGACUUAUGAAAGUGGUACCUUCCAAUGUCAAGAACUUGUCUCUGGUAGGAAAAGUCUCAAGUCUGGUUCCUUUGACCUCAAGAUUCCAAAAUCAAAGACUCCCUCCACAAGUUGUUGA